UUCUUAGCCUCCAGUUCUUGAUUGGUCCAGUCCUUUUUAGCUCCCCUUUCAAACCCUUCUCAACCUGGCUGACAAGCGAAGAAGCAGCUUGGGGCACUGAACCAUUUGCCCCUGUGAUGCCACUGUCUUUAGUUUUACUUUUCUGGACUGUUGCCCUAAAUCUGCAGCUGACCAAUGCCAGAAAUGUUCCUUCUGCAACAGGGGAAGUGUGCAGGGUGUGGGCUGAAGAAGGAGGACGGGCUGUACUCCCUUGUCACCUGAGUCUACAGAAGCUGGAGAGCAGCUCAAAGCAGCUGUAUAAGGGAUUGGCUUUACGCUGGGUGCGCCAUGGAGACAGCUCCUACAAGAAGCGCCAGUGGGUUUUAAUGGUGGAUCCCAGUGGGCUCAAGAAAUGGGGCCAUUCCACGAUGCACCGAGCAACAGUCUCGGACACUGGCUUCCUCCAUGGGAAUUUUUCACUCAGGAUCGAGCCAUUGCUGAAAGAGGAUGCAGGGACCUAUGAGGCACUGGUGAAAUAUGGCGGGGAGGUGUGGCAGUGCCAGUUGGAGCUUGGCGUGAUGUCAGUGACUGCUAACCCUCCUGGUCCCCUGAUUGAGUCUGAACCUAUCAGGCUAACCAGCAGCUCCACACGUUCAGAAUCCCCGCAAAAUAUACGCUGGUUCCAUGCAGGUCACCUCAUCCCCACCUCUGGUCGGUUCUGCUCUCUGGACCAGACCCUGUUUAUCUCCAGAUCAGUCAGGAGCGAUUCUGGGCCCUGGGUCUGUGAACUCACCUUCGCAGAUGGGGAGAGAAUUUCUGCCACAUACAACCUGCAAGUCAUAGGAUUUGCUGAGCCAAUCGUAUCUGUAGUCUAUACUGCAGCAGGAUCCGAUGCCCACCUACCCUGCAUUCUGAAUUACAAUCCCAUGGACUAUGGCAUUUCUACGGUGGCAGCCCAUUGGAGCUACGCACCAAGGAGAGAACUGAAGGCAACAGCCACCUUCAGUAAGGGAAGGAAGAGAAAUUUUACCCUUCAUCUCCCUGCUGUGGGUCCUGAUGAUGCAGGCCAGUACACCUGUGAGAUCACUAUUGAAGGCACCACCAUCACUAAGAAUGUCACAUUGGCAAUAAUGACAGUCACCCCAAGUAUUGAGGGGACAGUCACUGAGGGGUCUCACUUGCUGCUCACCUGCAACCUCAGUUACCACACAGAAAAGGAGCGUUUUGAGUGGAAGUGGCUGGGUUUGGUGCCCACAAACAGUUCUUGGCCUGAGGCUACCUCUAGGAGUUUUGGGGUCUUGAGCCAAGGCUCAACCCUAGAGUUUUCUCAGGUGUCACCUAAUGAUGCAGGCAUUUGGGAGUGCAAUGUCCAUGGCCCGGAUGGGAUGUCAGGAUCUGUGCAGCAUCACCUGGAAAUUGCAGGUGCCCAGACUGCCCUUGUGCAGCACAGAACGGCUGAGAAGAUUACUUUUGGACUGAUUCUCUUCCUCCUUAUUCUGGUGUUCUCCAUACUUUCUUUAACCCUCUUGAAAAGAAGAAUACAUGCCCGAAACUUCCCAGCAUUGGAUGACAGGAUGACAGCUUCUGCAUUGUCAUGGAAAGGUGUAAAGGAUGGUGACCAGGAGGAGAAGGUUUUGCAGAUUUAAUAAUGAUCAAAAAGAAGAAAGGUUACUUAAAUAACAGCUACGAAGGUUAGCCAGAUGGGCCUAUGAAGUGAAGACUUCUGAAGGUAUAGGCAAAUGCUUGUUAACCCCAGGGAUUCUUAAGCUAUGGGGGAAAACACUUGGAAGGGGGAUGCAAUAUUCCACUGAAGGAUAGGAUUCUCGGGCAUCCCUCCCUAUACCAACCAAGACAAGAUCUUCUGUUAUUCUCAUUGGAAUUUGCAGGGAUGAUUUUACUUACACACGCAUCCACACACAACUCUAGUUCUGUUCUCCCUUCCUAAUGCCACUGUUGGAUUAGUGUUCCUGUUCCAUAAAUCUUUUCACAGAGCAGCAGCCUACAUACACAUAGCUGCGUGCAAGGAUUCCUGCAUCAUGUCCUGCUGUGGGUGGCACAGAUGAUUAGUUGGAGCUGGGUUGAGGGGGCCCAGAGGUAGAAAAGAUUAAGGGAGGGACAAGUCCAAAACAUUUUGGAAAAAUGGACCACAAGCGUGUUUCAUCCAGAUACUAGAUAUACUGGGGAGGCGGAGAUGAAAAUGAGGUUCUUGUGGGCAUCACUUGCUGAGAUGUUGAAGCCCUCUAUGUAUUUAAGUGCUUCCGCUUCACCUUAUUUAAAUCUGCCUGCCUGUGUGGUGUCUCCCCUAACCUUUUUGAUACAUUUGGAAAAAAGGGUGCAAGACUUAAUGGAUACAGUAGGGCCCCGCUCAUACAGCGGGUUAUGUUCCAGACCCCCGCUGUAAAGCGAAAACCGCUGUAAAGCGGAUCCUACUGACUUACAUUGACCAAAAUGGUGCCCAGCGGCAAAAAACUGCCGUAAAAGCGGAACAAGCGCUGUAAAGCGGGGCCUUUCUAUAAUUCACAACCUCUGUAUCAGCGGAACGCUGUAAAGUGAAGCGCUGUAAAGCGGGGCCCUACUGUACCAGAAAAUGGAGAGUCUGGAAGACCCUUGAUGCUAGAUAUUAUACACUUUUCCCUUUUGAUUGUUACUGAUUAACAUUUUAAUCUUUACAAUGAUGUCAUGUCUGCAAUACCUUUCUUAGAGAGCUCUCAUGGCUUUUAAACAUGUUUCAUUUACUGUUAUU